AUGGCGUCUGCUGCACUAGGAGGUGAACUGAGCUGUUCCAUCUGCCUGAACCUUUAUACAGAGCCGGUGUCACUGAAAUGUGGACACAACUUCUGCCGGGAUUGUAUUAGUGCUACUCUGGAUACACAGGAGGGGUCUGGAGUUUAUUCCUGUCCGGAGUGCAGGGUGGAAUUUGCAGUACGCCCUGUGCUGGAAAUAAACAGGAAGCUUUAUAACAUCUUGGAGUAUUUCAAAUCGACUCUACCAAAAACUGAAAAGGCAGACAUCUUCUGUACAUACUGCCUGGACUCCCCUGUACUGGCUUACAAGACAUGUCUACAAUGUGAGAACUCAUUGUGUGAGAAACAUCUGAUGGCUCAUAAUAAGUCUGCGAGUCAUGUUGUAACUGAACCCACCACGUCCUUUGCAGACAUUAAAUGCCCCAUACACAAGGAGAUCCUGAAGUAUUACUGUACACAGGAUAAUGUUUGUAUCUGUAUGUCCUGCUGGGUCGCUGGAGAACAUGUGGGGCACAAGAUGGUACUUCUCAAUGAAGCCUACGAGAAUAAGAAAAAAAACCUGAAAGAAGAUAGGGUGAAACUGACCCAUGACAAACAAGAGAUUGAGAUGAGAAUCCAAAAUUUGGAAAACCAUUACAUAAAGGAAGAAAAAAAAUCAACUGAAGUCUCUGGGAGAGUCUCUGAUCUGUUUAGAGACAUGAGAAGACAUCUGGAUGACGAAGAGAAGAGAGUCUUGACCGAGGUCUCCAGACAAAAAGAACAUACUUCACUGUCAGUCUCCAAUUUGAUCAAAAAGCUAAAGCUACAGAAGGAAAAGCUGCGCAUGGCUGUUUAUGACAUAGAAGAGUGCCUUGAUAUUACAGAUCAAAUGACUUUUUUGAAGACAAAACUAAAAAAUGGCGACAUAAGUAUUAGUGGUGAUAUCAACAGUGACGUGAGCGAUGCUGGAUGCCUGGAUGAGGUGACGAUCUCGCUGGUGUUACACAGAGGACUUUACCUAUUUAAGGAAAAUUCAAAACACCUGAAGAAAACGCUAAAGUUCUUAGAGACAGAAAAUUUAGAUGUUCUCCUGAAUCAAAAUACAGCCAAUAGUGUAAUUACUAUAUCACCGGAUCUCAGAUCGGUUGCCUAUAAGGAUAACUACCAGAAAAAUCUAAUUGGUCCAGAGAUAAUUAGGGGUGUUCAGGUGUUAAGUUCCUGCAGCUUCUCGGCAGGGAAACAUUACUGGGAGGUGGAUGUGAGCGGAGCAGAGGAAUGGCUGGUAGGGGUAACUGCCUAUAACAUAGAGAAGAAGGUUGUGGGGCAUUCAACGUCUUUUUAUAUGAAAAAAAAGUCACAGGGUAUUGAUAACAAGAGAAAUUUAGGUCUGCAUCGUUGGACUGAAACGCCACAGGCUAUUGAUUUCAAUGUCAAGUCAUGGGCUAUUGGUUUCAAUGACAAGUCAUGGGCUUUACAGUUUUUCAGCGAUCUUAUAGCUAGUCAUAAUGAUGUACAUAAAACCAUUGUUUCUGAUUCUCUUGUGCAAACUGUGGGGAUCUAUCUGGAUUAUGAUGAGGGACGUCUGUCCUUCUACCAGAUGUGUGACCCCAUCAGACUCCUUCACACCUUCACCACCACCUUCACCGAACACCUUCAUGCUGCUUUUACUUUGCCCAAAAGUGGUUGUGUCAGAAUUAUAACCUAA